AUGGAGACGCGGCUUAAUGGCCGCCGCCGAGCGGCGCCGCCGCGGCCGAUUAUCUCUUGUUGUGGAGCUUGUCUUAAAAAAGUGCAGCUGCAGCCUGACCCUGUUCUUCACAGGAGUGCCCUAAUUCCCAAGGAAUGGGGUCAGAAUUAUUAAAGUAAUUGACAGCCACCAAGCACCUUUGAAGACCUUUCCUCCACCUUGAAAAGUGCAUUGAGAAGGAAAAGAUCUUGUGAAAGAGGCUCUAGGUUGAAGAUGGCAUCAUGCCUUUAUGAAUGCCUUUGUGAAGCAGAACUUGAAAAAUACUAUCCCCACUUUGCUGCCUUUGGUCUUCAGACAGUUGAUGAGCUUGCCAAAGUUUCCAUGGAAGAUUACACCAAACUGGGGGUCUAUGAUGUAAAUGACCGCAAACGUCUUUUCCAACUCAUUAGAAUAAUCAAAAUUGCGCAACAAGGCACUGCAGACUUAAGCAAGCAAGAUUUUCAACCACAUGGCCUUUUCAUUCAGCCUCAGGUGACCAAGUCAGGACCCCGUAGACAGCUGCGUUUCGAGUCCUUCUGUGAAGAAAAUGAUGGAACAGUUAAAGACUCUGAAUCUGAAUUGCAUCAUUCACCGGAUUCCAGUGUCAAUGAAGAGGACAGUGUAGGGGAAAUGCUGGGACACAUUCCACCACAUGAUUCAGAGCCAAUCAGAUUAAUUAGAAGAGACCUAAAUAUUCCUGGAUCAGGUACAAAAGAUGACCUGAGCUGUCCAACAGUUUCUGAUGAUAUUGCUCCUCUCCUGGGCGAUUCUGAACUUCCUAUUGUACAAAGAGUAACUCAUAUUUCAGGGUAUAAUUAUGGACUACCUCAUUCCUGUAUCAGAUCCAAUACUUUCGACAAAGAGACUCCGUGGACAGAGAGUGAAAAAAUCAGAGUGUGUGUCCGAAAACGUCCUCUCUGCCUGAGAGAGGAGAGACGUGGGGAGACUAAUAUAAUCACAGUAAAAGAUAAGGAAACCCUACUUCUCCAUGAGAAGAAGGAGGCAGUUGAUCUUACACAAUACAUUUUGCAGCAUGUUUUUUAUUUUGAUGAAGUCUUUGAGGAGUCAUGUACCAAUCAGGAUGUGUAUAUGAAGACAGCCUAUCCUCUCAUUCAGCAUAUUUUUAAUGGAGGCAAUGCAAUUUGUUUUGCAUACGGGCAGACUGGUGCUGGCAAGACGUACACCAUGAUAGGGAAUCACCGGAACCCAGGACUCUAUGCCCUGGCUGCCCAGGACAUCUUUAGGCACCUGGAAGCAACACCAUCCAGGAAAGAUCUUACUGUUCUGAUCAGUUUUUAUGAGAUCUACUGCGGACAGCUUUAUGACCUGCUAAAUGGAAGGAAAAGGCUUUUUGCAAGAGAAGAUGGCAAGCACGUUGUUCAGAUAGUUGGACUGCGGGAGGUUCAGGUGGAUUCUGUAGAUGAGCUGUUGGAGGUGAUUUUGAAGGGGGGAAAAGAACGUAGCACAGGAGCUACUGCAGUCAACUCAGAUUCCUCUCGGUCUCAUGCUAUCAUCCAAAUUCAAAUUAAAGGCACAGCGAACAGGGCAUUUGGAAGGAUAUCAUUCAUUGACUUGGCUGGCAGUGAAAGGGCAGCUGAUGCCAAAGACUCGGAUCGACAAACAAAAAUGGAAGGAGCAGAAAUAAACCAAAGUCUUUUGGCACUAAAGGAAUGCAUUCGGGCGUUGGAUCAGGAACACACACAUACCCCUUUCCGGCAAAGCAAGUUAACUCAGGUGCUAAAAGACUCUUUCAUUGGCAAUUCCAAGACAUGUAUGAUAGCCAAUGUUUCACCAAGCCACAUGGCUACAGAGCACACCCUGAACACUCUGCGAUAUGCUGACAGGGUCAAAGAGCUGAAGAAAGGGAUUAGAUAUACUACUCCUGUCACAAAAAGGCGAUCCAAAGCUGGAAAUAUAUCUCCAAAACGUGUACAAAGCAUUCCCUCUUUGCCGCCUGGGGAAAAGAGCUCUCCAAAGAAAGUGAAGCUAGGCCUACAGCGUCCCUCAAGUGCUAUAAAACCAAAGGCAUAUCCUGCAGCACUCCAGCCACCUGGUGUCCCUCUUACCUCUACCCCCAAGGGAACUGACAAAGGACAUGCCUACAAAGGAAAUACCAGCACUCCCUGCUUCCACCACACCACCCCAGUUAAGAGAGUCCUACGGAUAACACAUCCCCUGAAGAAAAAUGAUCUAUCCCCCCACUCUGAAAAGAGCCCCUCAGUGAAGGAUUUCAUUGCCACAGCAGAAACAGAAGAGAGUGGCCAGCAAGAAAAAUAUAUGCAAAACAGAACACCUGUCCAGUGUCUGAAAGUCCAGACAGUGCAACCUCUUCAGAAACAACUUGUUCCUAGUGAAGAUAAUACCUUUGGAGAUGUCAAUCUGCCCUCUGACAGCAAACAGGAAUGGGGAAAUACUUUUGCUAAACAGUCUGUUGAACCUUGGUCAUACCUGCCUCCAUAUCAGAAGGAAAGGGAAGAGCAUUUACGUCUUUAUCACCAGCAGUUUCAGCAACCCCCUAUUCUAAAGCAAAAAUUGAACUACCAACCCCUUGAGAGGUUUUUAAUGCAGUACAAGCCCGAGGAGAUUCAAGUGAAACCAGAGCUGAGCCUUACUCUGACUGAAGUUCAGAACAAAGAGUGGGUACAGCUGGAAGAUCUGGAUGACAGUGAUUUCAGUGAAGAUUCUUUCUCACUUGUCUGUAGUCAAAAGAGUGUGAAAAAAGGAAAUAGCAACAAAUCCAGUCAACAUUCAUUUUUCCUUCAUGAAAGAGAGCAAGGAACCAAAGAAGAGCAAAAAGGCCAAAAGCGGCAGGAUUUAUUUUUUAAACGUGCAAAACCCAUGGAAGACCAUGGAUUAGAUGACAGCUGGGAUUGUAGUGAGGGUAGCUCAGAGGCAGAGGAAUCCAUUAAAAAUGCAGGCUGCAGCAAUACUCCUGCAGACUGGAGCUAUGACUUAGCUGUUGAAUCCCCUCCAAGCAAUACUGCAGAAAAACCUUACUGCCUGCAGGAAGAUCCUGCUUGCAGCUGGAGAAAUGACAAGGAUUUCCUAGCUGAUCACAAAGAGUACAAGUCCAAACACAGAUGUCUUGUUUACUCCAGUGAAGCCACCUUAACUCCAGAAAAGGAUGCUUCAACCCCAUAUGUAUCUCCUGUAUUGAAAUCAGGAAUUCCAGAGUGCAAAGAGUUUGAUCUCCAGCUUGAGGAGAAGGAAGAAUCCACUUUGGAUAAAAAGGCUGCCCUUGCAGGAAGAGGUGUAAAAUGGAAAGCUCGAAAAAAUGGAGUUAGCCACUCUGUUUCUUCCACUUAUUCCUCAGAAUUCACCUCCGAGCUCAUGGCCCCGCUCCUGGUGUCAGCUCUUGAUGGUGAGGACACAACUGAAACAGAGAAAGCGCAUUCCAACCACGAGAAGCCCCACCGCGAGAAGCAGGUGCCAGACAAUGACACCCAGAGCAGGUUUGAGGACGAGGGCUGGCAGUGCACCAGGAGCAGAUCUCUGACCGACAGCAUGCUGGAGCUGUGGGAGCAGCCCUGCCACGGGGAAAGGCUCUGUGCCCUGCUAGACUCCCCUCAAGCCAUGCACAAAAAGCUCCAGUCCACCUGUGGCCCUAUGAAGCCAUGCUGCUGCCACCUGGGAUCAGUUUUGUCCAAGCAGGGAGUCCGGUGCAGUUUGUUUUUUGGACAUGACCCAACAGAAACAUCUACAUCUGGAUCCACCAUCGCCAUCCCCAGGCCAGAGAGAGAGGGUGGGGGGCUUUGCAAUGACUCCCUCUUCAAAGAACACUUGGGAGGCAGACGAUGUGGUGCUGAUGUUAAUCAGCAUAGCAAUGCUGGUAAUUCAGGGAAGUCUAACUCAAGUCAAGGGUCCCGUGCUGAGGAAAUAAAUGCUGAAAUACCUGAAAAGAGCUAUGCAUCCCAGUCUCCCUCUCAGGAGAGCAGCUGGCUGCUGCAGCCCAAGCCAGGACUGAGGAAUGAGGACCUCACCCAUUCUGAAGACCCUGCCAAGUCAUUGUUCGGCAAUGAGGAAAUAGGGUUGCUAAAAAAGAAAUUAAAGCAGAGUAUUUUUACACAAGAGUCUUUUGCUGCAGAUGCAGGAUUUGCAACCAAAGACAGUAAGCCAAUAGCAAAUGCAAAAUGUCCCUCACACAUGUCCAGCAGCAGUUCUCCAAGUGCUGCAUCCAAGAUGGGGAAAUGGCAGAGAGAAGCCCUAGAAAAGGCACAAAAGACUGUAAUUUGUGCUUAUCGGCAGCAGCUGGAUGAAAUGGCACACCUGUGCUUCAAAGAGGAGUGCUUAAUAAAUCAGAUGUCAGCAAUGGAUUUUCAGAAUUUGAUGGCCAUGCUGGAUGAAAUCUUGGUGCUGAAGUCAAAGUGUGUCCAAACAAUGCGAGCCCAGCUUCAGCUUUGUUCAGCCCCCCCUGGCACUGACACAUCACUGCAAACACGUCCACCAGUUUAGACCUUCUUUGCUUCCACAUGCACUGGAGCAGCUACAGGAAACCCCAGCCAGCACUUUAUUACACUUGGUUGGUUUGA